AUGUUUACAAAGCCGAUAGCCACGUCGCUAUUGGCACUCUCGUCGCUCGCAUCACACGCUGCUGCCGUGUCGAAUGGUGCUUGGGAAAAGCGUAGUGAGCACGUCUUGUUGCCCAGGGAUGACCAGGGUUACAAGACUGCUACUGCGCCCAACAAUGUCACGAUCCGAUAUAAGAACCCUGGUAUCUGCGAAACAACACCUGGCGUAGAGAGUUAUGCUGGAUAUGUGGACCUCGCACCUAAUGUCCACAUUUUCUUCUGGUUCUUUGAAUCCCGUAGAGAUCCUGCUUCCGACCCGGUCACUCUGUGGUUGAAUGGCGGUCCUGGAUCCGAUUCACUUAUUGGGCUUUUCCAGGAAAACGGACCUUGCAUGAUUGAUGACAACAUCACAGCUGUGUAUAACCCAUACAGCUGGAAUAAUAUCUCUAACAUGCUGUACAUUUCGCAGCCAGUCGGAACAGGCUUCAGCUACCAGGCAGAGGGCGUAGGCGCUUUCAGCGCGUAUCCAGGAGAUUUCAUUCCCAACGUUACUGACUCUGAUUCUUCUGGGGUCUGGCCAAUUUUGGAUCCAUUGAACCGGGGCACGAUUGAUACUACUGAUCUUGCAGCAGUAGGAGUAUGGCACGUUUUGCAAGCACUCUUCGCCACCAUUCCAAAGUUCGACGCCAAAAUCGGUCCUGUGAACGCAUCACGAGAAUUCAAUCUCGCCACCGAAUCCUACGGUGGCCACUACGGCCCCACCUUCUACCGCUACUUUUACGAUCAAAACCAAAAGAUCCAAAACGGAAGCAUGCCAGGCUAUGAGGUCAACUUUAACAGCCUGAGCCUCAUCAACGCCAUCAUCGACGCAGAGGUCCAAGAAGACUGGUACCCGGAAUUUGCCGUCAACAACACCUAUGGCAUCAAAGCCUACAACGACACCGUCUACUCGUACGCCAAGUUCGCAAACAACAUGUUUGGCGGCUGCCGCUACCAGAUUGGUCUCUGCCGUAUCGCAGCCGGGGGAAACGGGACUUACUUCGACCCCGCCGCGCGCAUCACAACCGCAGAUUUGCUGCCCAGUGUCAAGGCAGUUUGUAGCGAAGCAGCAAACAUGUGUCGCGAUAAUGUUGAAGGGCCAUACUACUACUAUAGCGGCCGCGGCACGUACGAUAUCCGUCACCCGACCAAUGAUCCUACACCGCCCGAUAACUUUAUAUCUUACCUGAACGAUGCAACGGUGCAGGAGGCACUCGGCGUGACGGUGAAUUAUACCCAGUCGAAUACUGGCAUUUUCUAUGCUUUCCAGAAUAGUGGGGAUUGGGUGUUUCCGAACUAUAGGCUCGAUUUGGAGUAUUUGCUUAAUCACGAUGUGCGGGUUAGUUUGGCGUACGGGGAUGCUGACUACAUCUGCAACUGGUUCGGCGGCCAAGCAAUUAGUCUGGCACUGGAAUACACGCAUAGCCAGCAGUUCCGCGCUGCGGGAUACGAGCCCAUGACUGUCGAUGGUACAGAGUAUGGUGAGGUCCGUCAAUACGGCAAUUUUAGCUUCGCCCGUAUUUACGAGUCCGGGCACGAGAUUCCUUAUUACCAACCCGUCGCAGCUCUAGCAUAUUUCAACCGUACCAUUAACCACUUCGAUAUUGCUACGGGCCAGAAACCAGUUACAGCCAAUCUUACGUCUUCGGGUCCUGCAAACGCAACGCACACGAAUUCUUUUGUUCCGUUGACGUCGUCGCAGUCGUUUCCCUUUCCUCAACCGUUUCCUACACCUGCGCCAAGGUCCUAG